AUGGCAAGUGAUAAUAAAGACUGGGAGCUGGAAGAAGGGGUCCCUCAGGUCGAGGACCCAUUCAUUCAACAAUACUUGAAGGGACGCAAUGCGCUUAUUGCAGAGGAGCAGAAAAGACGCCACGACGCAACCUUUCGGAGGACUUUGUCUCCCAUUGCUGCAAAGGCGUGCAAAAUUGUCUCUCAGAUCCGGGCACGUGAGCAGAACGAGGUAUGGACACAGGGACUAGACGAUGCGACGGCCCACGAAUCCGACGAGAUACUUUACCCAGGAGUGAUGUUCCACCACGCCAAAGGCCGCAUGGAAAAGACCAACUUGUGGAAAAUUGUAGAGAAGAUGCCCAAGGGGUCACUCCUGCACGCUCAUAUGGAUGCGAUGUUCGACAUCGACUUCUUAGUUGAUCAGGCGUUCUCAACACCGGGCAUGCACAUCUCCGCACCAGCUCCCCUGAUUACUCCGCAAGACUACGACACCGCCCCUUUCGGAUUCCAGUUCGUAUCCAAAUCGGAGACGACCACUGAUAAGCCUGCCAUUUGGUCGGAGCAGUAUGAAGCUUCAACUCUUAUUCCCAUCCAGGCCGCCGCGUCUUCAUUCCCCAAUGGCGGGGAGGCGGGAUUCCGGGAAUGGGUCAAAAGUCGAUGCAUGAUAAUGCCGGAGCACUCAUAUAAGCACUAUCAUGGCGUUGAUGCCAUUUGGGCCAUCUUCAAGCGAUCAUUUGGGGUUAUCAACACAAUCCUGAUGUAUGAGCCAAUUUUCCGAGCAUGUCUGCGUCGCAUGUUGGGACAACUUGCGGCAGAUGGAAUUCGAUACGUCGAGUUCCGUAUCGUAUUGCGUAUCCCGUUCAGGAAGGAAGGGAGUGAGGACCCCGAAACGAACCACGAAGAGUUCUUCAGAGUGUUUGAGGAUGAGAUGAAUCGAUUUAAGGAAUCUGAAGCGGGAAAGAAUUUCUACGAAGCCCGAAUCAUCUGGUGCAGUUUGCGAAUUUUUUCCAACGCCGAUAUCGUUGAGGACAUGAAGACAUGUAUCGCCAUGAAGCAGUCUUUCCCGGAUGUGAUCUGUGGAUAUGAUUUAGUCGGCCAAGAAGACUCCGGCAGGCCCCUUGUGGACUUGGUACCGCUGCUAUUCUGGUUCAAAAAACGAUGUGCCGAGGAAGGAGAAGACAUUCCAUUCUUUUUCCAUGCUGGUGAAACCCUGGGAGACGGCGAUGCAACGGAUAAAAACCUUUUUGAUGCGGUCCUGUUGGGAACAAGGAGAAUUGGCCAUGGAUUCUCCUUAUAUAAACACCCGCUGCUCAUUGACCUGAUCAAAGAAAAAAAGAUCUUAGUGGAGUGUUGCCCAAUUUCUAAUGAAAUUCUCCGACUUACGAGCUCCAUAAAGUCUCAUCCCUUACCGGCCAUGCUAUCCCGGGGCGUCCCUGUCUCCCUAUGCAACGAUGAUCCGGCUAUCCUUGGCCACGGAAAGAAUGGCCUAACGCAUGACUUUUGGCAGGUCAUGCAAGGUCUCGAGAAUGUCGAUCUUGCGGGACUCGCAAUGAUGGUACAAAAUUCCAUCCGUUGGAGCUGCUACGAGGAUCAAACGACAGCGGAGUGGAAGGCCGAGGUUGGAGAGGGAAUUUUGGGCGAGGGAAUCAAGGCUGCCCGUUUGCGAGAAUGGCACUCGGACUUUGAGAAGUUCUGCGAGUGGGUCGUAAUGGAGUUUGCGGAGUUUGACGAGGAUGAUUGA